GUAUUUGGAACAAUUUAAUAUUAACUGGAGCCGUAAACCCUGGAGUGGGUGGUAUUUUCGUCUCACGCAAAUAUUAAAAUCGACAAUGGAACAUGAAUUGGUGACGGUCACAAUAAAAAAGUGAAUGCCUUAAAAUUUUAAACGUAGAUUUUUUACGAGAAUCUCAUAGGACUAAUAGUGUAGUGUACAGGACAUGUGCGGUCCAAAAGUCCAUUGACAUUGUAGUGUGAACGAAGCUACGCAGCGGAGCCAGAAUGUCUGACGACGAGGACUCGUCCCCUGACCGGGCGUUGGUCCCGAUAAACAAUGUUCCUGUGCUGGGAAUCAAGCGUCUCAAGCAGAUCGAGACAAUGUUCGUGUCUCGACGCGCUACCGGCCGUUCCGCCGGUCUCAGCGUGGAGACUCUUUUAGACGUCCUGCUCGUACUGUAUGACGAAUGCUGCAACAGCAGUCUGCGCAGAGAGAAGGCCGUCGCCGACUUCAUACACUACAUAAAACCGGUGGCGACGGCUUUGAAGAGGUUCCGACUGUCAAGGGACGACUUCGAGCUGGUGAAGGUCAUAGGACGUGGUGCCUUUGGAGAGGUGUGCGUCGUGAGGGCAUCUUUUAUGCAGGGCACAGAUGGCGGCGCUAACCUGGCAGCUGCGACUGGCGGCACGGUGUCCACCACCACCGGAGAACGAGUCUAUGCUAUGAAGAUCCUCAACAAAUGGGAGAUGCUCAAGAGAGCAGAGACAGCAUGUUUCCAAGAAGAGCGCGACGUGCUAGUCUAUGGCGACAGGAGGUGGAUAACGAAUCUGCACUAUGCGUUCCAGGAUGAACACAAUUUGUACCUAGUGAUGGACUACUACUGCGGCGGGGACCUCCUGACUCUCCUGUCCAAGUUCGAGGACCGGCUGCCCGAGGACAUGGCCAAGUUCUACAUCGCCGAGAUGGUGCUGGCCAUACAGAGCGUGCACGAGCUCCGAUACGUGCACAGGGAUAUAAAGCCAGACAACGUGUUACUAGAUGCGAGCGGGCACAUCAGGCUAGCGGACUUCGGGUCCUGUUUGCGGUUAGGGGAUGACGGCAAGGUACAAAGUAACGUGGCGGUGGGGACCCCAGAUUAUAUUUCGCCUGAAAUUCUAAGAGCGAUGGAAGACGGGCAGGGUCGAUAUGGACCGGAGUGCGAUUGGUGGUCGUUAGGUAAGAUUCACUCAUAA